AUGCGUGUUAUUCUUGCAUCAAUCCGUGGGACUGUGAUGGAGCUUGGAAAUACACCUAUUAAAUGGGGCACAAAAGUUGUUAGGCAUCCUGAUUGCUGUUGGUCUUGCAGUUGGUCCUGCGAAGGUCUGGGUCACCAGGAGUCCAGCCUCAGAUGUGCCCUUGAGGAAGCCAUGUUUCUUAAAAGAACUUUUGUCAUGCCUUCUAGGAUGUGCAUCAAUCCUAUACAUAACAAGAAAGGAAUCCUUCAUCAUUCCGAUAACAGAAGUUCAGAGGAAAGGUGGGCAGCAAGCUCUUGUGCCGUGGACUCUUUGUAUGAUAUGGACCUCAUAUCUGAUACUGUACCUGUAAUUUUAGACAAUUCAAAACUAUGGUAUCAAGUACUAUCUACGAGUAUGAAGCUAGGACCUAGGGGAGUUGCCCACGUGGAAGGAAUUAAUCGUGUUGAUCUUAAAGAGGACAGUCAUUACUCAAAUCUCUUGCUCAUAAACCGAACUGCAAGCUGUCUUUCAUGGCUAUUUGAUUUCGCCAUUCCCUGUCUUCCAUAUGAAGUGUUAGAAUUGAAAAGUACAUGUCCUAAAAUAUGCCAUGCUCGUCGUGGUGAUAAAAUAAAAAACAGCAAGGACAGAUUUGGAGUUGAAAGAAGCCUGCAUCCCCAUCUGGAUAGGGAUACACGUCCUGAGUUUAUCUUACGUAGAAUUAAAAAGGGGAUCCCACCUGGACGAACUAUUUUUAUUGCUUCCAAUGAGAGGACUACUGGAUUUUUUUCCCCUCUCUCUGUCAGGUACAAAUGGCCAUAUUCAUCAAACUAUAGCUGGAUUCUGGAUCCUUUGAUUAAGAACAACUACCAGUUGUUCAUUGUUGAGAGGGUUAUCAUAAUGGGAGCCAAAACAUCCAUUAAAACAUUCAAGGAGGAUGAAACUGUACUCAGCCUCACUGAUGACCCAAAGAAGAACACCAAAUCGUGGCAAAUACCUGUUUAUACCAUGGAUGAAGAGGGAAGGUGACAAGGCUUGCAUAAGGAGUUUUCUGAUUUAUCUACCACCAAGCUCAUUAUUUCCACUCAUUCCCAUACAACACAAGCACACUAGUUGCAUAUCAGAAAGCUAACAGAGAAAAAUCUACAUUGGGAGGAAAUGAGAGGCUGACCACUUAAAAUCGAUGUUGUAAAUUGUGGUACAAGUUAAAGAUAGGCUUGUAUGUGUUCACGAUAAAUAUGUGUAUCUUUACAGAACAUGCUCAUUUUUGCCCCUUUUUACAUAUUUCUGCACUUUCAAGUGUUCACUAGCAAUAUGUUAAUUCAUGCAUUCUUUUCUCUC